GGUAAAACGUGACGUUCUAAUUAAGCGCUUACCCGGAAGUGGAUGUAGGGGUAACAUCCGGUAAAACAGAGUAAUUGGGAAGAAGGUUCUGUGGUCGUCUGAGGUGGUUUCUGUGUUGCUAUAGCAGGUUGUCAAUACAAUGCCGAAAGUAAAGCGGAGCAGGAAGCCUCCUCCAGAUGGUUGGGAGCUUAUAGAACCUACGCUGGAUGAACUGGAUCAGAAAAUGAGAGAGGCUGAAACUGACCCUCACGAAGGAAAGAGGAAGGUGGAAUCUCUGUGGCCAAUCUUUCGCAUUCAUCAUCAGAAAACUCGCUAUAUAUUUGACCUGUUCUAUAAGAGGAAAGCUAUAAGCAGAGAACUGUAUGACUAUUGCAUCAAGGAAGGAUAUGCUGACAAGAACCUCAUUGCAAAGUGGAAGAAGCAAGGCUAUGAGAACCUGUGCUGCUUGCGCUGUAUACAGACCAGGGACACAAACUUUGGAACGAAUUGUAUUUGUCGUGUCCCCAAAGGCAAACUCGAAGUGGGACGAAUUAUUGAAUGCACACACUGCGGUUGUAGAGGAUGCUCUGGAUGACAAAUACUUUUUUUAAACUUUAUUUCCAAUGUUCCUUUCAGAUUCUUUUAAGAUAAAGAAUGUUUUCUCAUAUUGUGGCUGUCUUGUGACCAGUUAUUCCAUUUUUUCUGUUUAAUAAAAGUGUUUUAAAUGCG